AUGGCAUUUGAGGUUGAGAGAAAGUUUAUUGAUUGGGACUGGGAAGUAGUUUCUUAUGGUUAUGACUUGGGUUUUAGAGCAGUGAAUUGUAGGGAAGAGGUGAAGGGUAUUUCUCUAAUUCAUGGAAGUGGCUGUGGUGGGGAGGAUAGAAUGGAUUUAUGGGUUGUAGCAGCUGCUGCUGGAGCUGGCUAUUUGGCUAAAUAUUGGAACAAGGUUGGAAAACAUGGUGAUAGCUCUGGUCAUGUGCCUUCGGAGGAUUCGUGUUUUCAGAAUCCUGUCUCCCCUAGCUUCACCUCUCCCUUCGUCAAACAAGCCCGAAGAGAUGAUUUGGACAAGGGUGUUUGUUCUGAUGGAAGGACUUCAGAUCUGAACACACAGGAUGGUCUUGUGACAAGAGAAGUGGCUUCUGCCAGAGGGUUUGAAAGUGAAAAACUGCAGCAGUUUUGGAAUUAUAACGAGCAUGAUAUUCUAUCUUUAUCAAACUUAGCAAUGCCCUUAUCACCAUAUGAUGAUAACUUCAAGGGUGUUGAUGAUGGAAAUGGCCAAAGCUCUAGCAUUGUUGGUGAUCAUGGUUUCCUUAUUCCAGAUUCUUCUGCUGAAGUGAUUCCUAUCAACAACUCUUCUGGACAAAAAAACCUUCUCAGGAUGAAGCAUUUGUCUGGGCGUGUUCCUAGACCUUUAAAUUCCCUGGAAAGCUGCUUUAUGGCUCAGCUAUACAAAGAGCACGCUGAAACUGAAGAAUAUGUUUUUGGUUCUAUUGCAUCGCAGUCAACAACCACAAGAUCAUUUCUUGUAAGCAAUGGAAGCCAAAUAAUCAACAGAGAAAAUAAUAGUCUGUUUAGUGCUUUGAUUGGAAGCAAGGAAUAUAAGCUGCAAAAAGAAGCUGGUCGAGUAAAGGAUGAAAAUGUAUUUGGGGUUCCUUCCUUACCAAAAAUCAGAUCUAUAAAUGAUGCUAAGGAGAAUUUUAAUGCAGUCAUUGGGAGAAGUCCAAGAUUGAGCUAUUCUGACAAUGUGUCGAGUCGAAGUCUUGUCCACACUCAACAAUAUGAUAAAGCACUUCUCUUCAGUCUUGGGAUUUCUUUUGGGAUGAUAACUUCCAUUGUGGCAAAUAAAAGAGAAAUAGGCAAGUUAAGUGAGUUAUUGAAGCAGACCGAAAACUUGGUUCAAGAUCUACAAGAGGAACUUGAAAUGAAGGAUUCAAUGACUGUGAAGGAGUUACAGAAUGAAAAUUAUGGUUCACAGGAUACUUGUGAUCAUUCCUCAUAUGAUAAGGAGCUAAAUGAAUUUUCCCCUGAAAAGCAUGUGGGAAACUCACCAAGAAUUGACUCCAAACAAUCAUAUCAACAAAAGGUAGAUCAAAGUUCAGAAUCCAUGAGCAAAAUUGAAGCCGAGCUUGAAGCUGAACUUGAGAGAUUGGGGUUGGACAUGAAUGCAUCAAGCCUAGAAAGAAAAUUAUCUGAGCUUGUUGAGAUUGAUCCAGAGUUUGUAGCAGAUUUUUCCCAAGGUGAGUUACGAGCUGACAUGGUCAGUGGGAAAUAUUCCAUACUUUCAGAAUCGAAUGAGGAUGCCGGUGAUCCAACACCUCUCCCAGUUAACUAUGCAGUUUUGCCUCAUGAACUGAGUUUGCGAUUGCAUGAAGUUUUACAAUCUCAACUUGAGCAACGGGUGCAGGAGCUUGAGAUUGCCCUUGAAAAAAGUGAGAGGAAAGUGCUGCUUCUGGAAUCAAAGCAAGAGCCUCAUCUUCAUAAGGCAUCUUCCUUUAGUAGAGGAAAUGAUGAUUGUGACCUUAUGUCCCAGCCCUUAAUCAUCAAUUUAUCAGGUGAAGCUCUAGAUGCAUACAAUGAGGCCUAUGAAGAACUGAUAAAGAUCAAUGACUCUGAACAAAAUUCACCAUAUGAUAGUACUGAUCAUAAGGCAGGUUCACAUUCGCAUGUUUUGCAUGCAUUAGGGAUUCAACAUGAUGGAGCAAAUGAUUCUAGUGAGGUAACAAUGUUGGAUGGGCACAGCUCUAGAAUUUAUGAAUUAGAUGGUACUGAAGUUGAAAGUAGUGAUUUUGAUGAUAAUGAGGUGGAGCAGCAAUUGAUAAGGCAAAUUGUUGAAAGGACCAAGAAAGGUUCUCCUGUUUUUAAAAAUGCACAAAGAAUAUUGGAGGAAGAUGAAAAAUGA